AUGCUUGAUUUCAAUCAAUUGAUCAUUCAUGAUUCAAUAUAUAAUAUAUUACUAGAUACAUUAGAUGAUUCACUCAAAUCUCAUUUAAUUGAAUUGGAACUGGAUGUUGAUAGAUCAAUUACUGAUAUUACUGUUAAUAAAGAUAAAUCAUUAAUUUUAUCGAUUAUAUUUGGUAAAUUAUACUUUAAGAGUUUACAAUUAUAUUUAAAUUCAGAUAUUGAAAAUGGUAUAAUUAAAUCAAUUGUUAAACGUGAUAAGAAUAAUCUACUAGGUAAAUUAGGAUUAGUUAUAAAACAUGGUAGAUUAAUCAAAGGUGUUCAUAAUUAUUCUAAUCACUUGCAAGAAAUCAUUGAAGUUGAUUUAAAUAAUUGGUAUUGUCCAUGUUAUGAAUAUCAAGAAUCAUAUUCAAAUGAUAUGAAAUUGACUAUUAAUCCAUUAGUAACGUCCAAUACAAAUCAAUUUCAAAAUUUGAAACCAAUAUGUCAUCAUUUACUUACUAUGCUAAUACACAUAAAUAAUAAUAAAGACUAG